UGCAAAAGGAAGAAGUGACAUUAUUUCAUAUUCAUCAGCUGUGUCUGAACUUUGCCGUUUGCACAACCAUUUUGAAAGACAAGAGAAAUGAACAACACGACCUGCAGUGUGAAUGGGACAGCACCUUACCAAUACAUUUUCACUGCAGUUUAUACUGGAGUGAUGGUUAUUGGUCUGCCGUUCAACGGGAUCUCUCUCUGGAUUUUCUUGAGGAGACAUGGGAUGAGGUCUCCGCCUGCUGUUUUCAUGACCAAUCUGGCUACUGCUGACCUUCUCUUUGUCCUGUCUUUGCCUCUGAGGAUCUAUUACUAUGCCACUUCGAAAUGGCCCUUUGGAAAAGUCAUGUGUACGAUCAGCGAGAUGUUGUUCCGAUCUAAUAUUUUUUCCAGCACUUUCUUCAUUACCCUGAUCAGCGUGGAUCGCUUCCUGGCUGUGGUUUAUCCUCUGAGGUCCCGGGCAAUUCGCACUGUGAGGAAAGCUGGCACGACAUGCUUAGCAGUCUGGGUUUUCACCAUGAUCCUCACCGCCAUCUGGGCAAAAAAACACUAUGAAAGCCCGGCUAACAAUUGUGGUUGUUUUGAGAGUCAUUCGGCACAGAACAAAACAAAUAUAUCACCAAUGCCUUUGGUAUUAGCCAUUUUUGUAUUUCUUCUGCUUAUAUGUAAUGGAUUCUGCACAGUGAUGGUUUUGAAAAAUCUGCACAAGACACUGACUGGUCAGCUCCUGGCUGAGAAGAAGAAGCUUAUGUGGAUGUUUUUUCUGAACGUCUUCAUGUUUGCUGUAUUUUUUGCACCAUUUAGCAUUGUACUGUUUUUAGCUUUCUAUCAAGGCACUGUCAGCAGAUUGACUUUGAGGUUUGUAACAUGCUUUACCAGUAUCAACUUCUGUCUAGAUCCAGUCAUCUAUUAUUUCUCUCUAGAGUCUUUCUGGGAAAAGAAAGAAAGUGUGGAGAUGGACACAACUCGCACUCAAGAUGACAUGUGAAGAUUCAUAUACUACACACAGCUACUUGAGACAAAUGAAUGAUUCUGUACGUUUAGUUAGACUUCUUUAAUUUCAAAUGACUAAAAAGAAUGCAAAACAAGGCAGGCUUUAUGUGUGCAAUUUUUUCAUUUUCAAUAUGCAGAUACAUAGACUACAUAGUAUGAUUUAGGAUUCUUUAUUUCCAAAUAACUUUUUUACUGACAAAAAUACUUGUGAAAUGUAUACUUUUCCUCACUUCAAAUGUUCACAUUUAUUGUAAAAUUAUUUUGCUAUGUGGAUAUAACUUUAUAACUGACGUCCAUUUGCUUAAUAGAAUUGCCUUGAAAUGAUAGAAGAUCAAGAUCACAUUAAAUUAAUUUAUUUGUCUUUGUCUUUGACUGGAUGAUUUAGCUUAUGUGCAGCUUAAAGUGCAUUACAUGUUCCAUUAAAACAUUUUUGGUAAAAAAAACAUGCUUGUAACAGCAUUCUAUUAUUCUUUAAAUUAAAAAAUGCAAAUGCAUGAGUCAAGAAUUUGAGAUUCAGUAUAUUUUUGUAUGCAUCUGUGCUACUAGUGCUACUUCUACUAAUAUAUAUCUAUUGCUUAAGGAUAUCUUUAUAUAUCGUUACAGGUAGAGGUAGGUGACAAAGAUAAAUUGUGUAACACCUUGCAGUGUAUUCAUUUCCAAUUCAAGGGGUGGUUGGCUGAGAGGUAAGGGUCUGUCAUUUUAAUAUUAAUAAUAAUAAACUUUAUUAUACUGUAUAUAUAUUGCCUCUGAAAGUGCCUCUUAAAGCACUUUACAGAACAAUAACAAAGUAAAAAACACAUUAAGAGGAGAUAGUAGAUUGGGGUAUGGAAAAAAUAGGAAUUCCAAGGGGAUCAAAAAAACAGUUAAAUAAAAGCCCUUCUAAAAAAGAAGGUUUUGAGUCUGAAUUCAAAAGAGCUGAGGGAAGGUGACUCUCUGAUGUCAGGAGACCAGAAUUUGAUGAGCAAAGAUUGAGAGGUGGGGAGUAGGACAAUAGUAACUCAGACAGGUACUGAGGUGCCAAGCCAUACAGAGCAUUGUAUGUGAGCAUCAGGAUAUUGAGAUUGACAUGAAACAUGACAGGAAUCUAGUGAAUCCUAGACCUGGUCAGGAUUCUGGCUGCCGAACAUAUUGUAGUUUGUUAAAUGUGGAUUUAGAUACCCUAGUGAGUAGGGUGUUUCAGUAGUCAAUAUAAGAAAAAAACUUAAGUUUUGACUAGAUUUCAGCAACAGUUGAUGUUUUGACAACAUGUUGUACAUAUCAUAUAUCAUAUAUAUACACAUAUCAUUGCCUAAUUCUGCCCUGAGAAACACCAAACUUAACAAAGUCCAGUUUUCUAGCUAAAGUCAGCAAAAGAGACAAAGUGACAACAAUCACUGUGACAUUGAAGAGCAGUAUCAGUAACUGAGGUCAAAAAGAAUAAGAAAAGGAACAGAACCAGAAUCAGAAACCAGAAGAAGCCAUUAGUGACUUUAACCAGGGCAGUAUCUGUGCUGUGAAGUUUAACUGUAGAUUGUAUAGCAUUUAGUUUAAAAGGCAGCUUAAAAUGCCUUGUCUGUAUAUACUGUAUACAUUGUAAUUUGUGUGUUGUAUGUUUAUGUUGUGUGUAGUGUAGUGUGUGUCACU